AUGGGGAAAGAAAAAAUGGUGAAACUAGUUGUUGGAGGAAUGACUUUCUCGACAAAACUGGAAACUCUUCGGACACGCCCAAACACACUUCUGGCAUCUCUGGACAAUACGUCAGAAUUCUAUGACCGUGAAACUGACGCAUUUGUCUUUGACCGAGAUUCUCAUGUGUUUUCUUUCAUCCUCAAUUUCUACCGCUCUUCAGAACUCCAACUUCCGUCAGGAAUUUGCGGGAACGCCAUAAGGAACGAACUCCAGUUUUGGCAGAUUCCAGAGUGCCACAUAUCUGAAUGCUGUUGGAGAGUGAUGCACAAAGCCGAUAAAGACAAGAUCCUGUUUAACAAUCUCAGACAGAGGGUGGAUCUGGAGAGCAAGAUACCGGAAGUCACAAGUAGUUCCGGCAGACUUAGAAUAUGGCGCCAUCGACUGUUUUUCAUUCUCGAACAUCCGAAUUCACCGCCAAGGUUGGUGUGGAAUUUUUUCUACAUGGUGCUAGUGUUUACAUCAGCCGUCCUGCUGACUCUGUCUUCGCAACCGGAACUACGUCAGAGGUACUAUUUAGUUGACGAUUACAACUUCACGAAAUUGUAUACUAAGGACAGCUCUGCGCACAAAUAUGACCUCUACGCUUACUACGGCCUAGUUCCCUCUCUGUACAUCCUUGACAACAUCUUAGUCGCCAUUUUCACUCUUGAAUUAGCCGUCCGCUUUCUAGUCCAUUACCAUAAGCGACUGUUUUUUCGCAGCAUCCUGAACUGGAUCGACAUCGUCUGUACCCUGGCCGGUUUCGGAACUGUAGUCAUGGAUCUGUUGUUGACUUACGGUGUCUUCCAUCAGACCAGCGAGGUGUACUGGGGCUAUCUUGUCCUUCAAUGCUCCAUGGUCUUCCGACUCCUGAAGUUUUUCCGUCUACAGGAGCGCUACGUUGGACUGAGAAUUAUGUUCCUAACGAUACAGGGCAUCGCCAAGGACCUGCUGAUGCUGCUGCUGUGUUUCGUCAUCCUGUCCGUCAUUUUCGGAACACUGCAGUACUACUGCGAAUUCGAGAACCAGAAGUUUUCCACCGUUCCUCUUUCGAUAUGGUGGUCGAUUAUUACCAUGACGACCGUUGGCUAUGGCGACUACUACCCGGAGUCGGUGUGCGGCUAUUUUAUGGGAACCGUCUGUUACAUGUUCGGAAUCAUCUUCUUCUCCAUUCCGAUCGCUUUGAUAGCGGCGAACUUUAACGAUUACUAUACACGAAUCCAGCAGAGAGAGCUGUUUGCAAAGAAAGAGAAGGAAUUACUAGUAUUCAAAAUGGGCCAGGCUUUACCAGAUUGAGCAGGCUUGUAGGACGAGAAGGCGAGAGGGGAAUUGUUUUAUCUGUAAUCAAAUACGAUCUGUUAGCAUGUGAAGAACAAAUAGAAAUGUUUCAAAUGAUAAUUUCCAUCUGUUUAUAAAAGUUGUUUUUAUUUAUUAUGGACAGUAG